CAUAGUUCUUAGUCCCCCAGCAAAUGUUCUACUAAGGACUAGGAAGCUGUUCCACUAAAAGAUCUUGGAACAUGGAGGAGCUCAAAUUCAGAGGACGGAAAAGAGAAGGGAGACACAGGGAUACUUGGGAUCCAUUCCAGUUGAAUCCCAUUGGCGCUGAGAAAGAGGAGAAGAGAAGAUGCUUCGUGUUGUUCCAGCACCUUGUGGCAGGUUUCGUAGGGAUCAUGGUCCUUUCCAGUGCCGUCAUCAGCAAGGGCUCUCUGCUCGUCCUGAUUACGCUCGCAAGCCCCACAUCGACCAGGACCCCUAAGGAAAGACAGUACUACAUGCUGUUGCUGAUGUUUUCUCUGGUGGUGCCCAACCUCCUUGUGUUCCUUAAGUCAUUGUGGAAAUGUGCCUUCAAGACUUUUGUCCCGCCGAACCUGAAGACCAUGGGAAUUGUGUGUUUGAUUGAAUGCCUGGUGUCUCUGGGGACCUCGGUUCUGGUACUGGUAGUAAUGCCCCAGUUUGACGUGCUCACCAACCUGUUCAUCUCUGGGGGAGUCUGCAUCCUUUCCUCUGUUCUACAGAUAGUAUUUCGCCUGCAAAGGGAGAACUGGAAGAUCAUCUUUCCCAUUUGUUCCCUUAUGCUUAUCCUGACCGGCUACUUUCUGCUGGGGGCAGACUAUUAUGUUAGGGUAACCUCUUAUGUCUCAAACCAGGGAGUGGACUGUUACUGGUAUGUCGGCAUUGCGGUUCUAUCCUCCUUUCUGGUUUCUCUGACCUGGUGGGAAAACCCAGUGCAGGCGAGCAACAACAUGCAAGAGAUGCUGACAGAGCUGGAGAACUUCAGAGACUUUGUGUUUGUGAUAUCCAGUCUCCUGAGGGUAGUAGUCAUUGGUGCUGUGUACCUUGUCUAUCAUAAAUUGAUAAAGAAUAACAUUGUAUGGUCAGAUUUCAGUUUCACUCCCAAGGCCGACGAUGACCCAUAUAUGACCGCAAGGCUCAAUGAGACCCUCGAAAUUGGUCUCAUCGUCCUUUUCUUACAAGCCUUUUUCUCUGCUGCGUGCCAUUGGUUUGGCGUGGUGGCUUGUAAGAUCCACUCCGUGCGAAUGAGCUUCGCCUUCCCUGUCUGUUUCACCGGACCCGCCGUUCUCAUUCUCGGCAUGAUUCUUUUCGUGACGCAGUCGCAAGAAUUCGUCGGGACUGACAGAACGUCGAUCAUAGGCUUCUGCUCAAGCUUAGCUGAACUGAGCUCCAGGAACGACAGCGCGGUCGUGAUACUGGAGAUCACCAAGAGCAUCUGCAGGACUUCUCUGAACAGCCAUUACUGGACCUGGCCUUUCAGCUUACUUGCACUGGAAGGUGCUUGCAUGUGGCUGGGCCUCAUCACCUGCACCUACUAUGUGUGGAACUUCAAGGUUCAGCGGAUUGAACGCACAACUGAGCUGUUUGUGCGACGCCUCUAUGAGUCUGCCUUCAUUGACCUGUCUCUUCUUCUGAACACCAGGAUGAAGAUUGUGCGAACAAGGAACAAUGAGAGUUGUGCUGUUGAUGACGUGGAGAAUUGUGUAAUUUACCUCUGUGCAACAAUGUGGCAUGAGACCUACGACGAGAUGCUAAAGAUCCUGACAUCCAUGUUCAGGUUGGACCGGUACCGAGGUGACCCAAAAGAGGAGCACAAAGAUGUGUUUGACUUUGAGUGCCACAUAUUUGUAGACGACGCAUUCAUGAUCGAAAAGGCAACGGGCAAAAAGUUCAUCAAUGAAUAUGUGACCGAUCUCAUUCACGUAGUCAUAGAGGUGUACAGGGUAUUCACUAAUAAGGAGCCAGAUGACGUGUCCAUUAUCGAGACUCCGUAUGGUGGCCGAUUAUUGUUCGUGAUGCCCGAGGGAAACAUGCUGUCUAUCCACCUCAAAGACAAACAGCUGAUCCGGAACAAGAAGAGAUGGUCCCAGAUCAUGUACCUGUAUUAUCUACUCGGGUGGAAAGGAUACAUUGUCAAGAAUCCUCAGAAGAUAACGAGACAGAACAACCCGUGCUGUGCCAGUCUCAUAUCACUGGACGGCGAGAGUUUCCUGCUGCCGCAGUAUGACAACGACAGUAAGAGGAAACACAUCUCAGACGACAACACCUACAUCAUGGCCCUGGAUGGGGACACAGACUUCCAUCCCUCAGCCCUGAUCCUGCUCGUGGAUCGACUGCGGAAGUACGACAAUGUGGGCGCCGCGUGCGGACGAAUCCACCCGACAGGAAUGGGACCAAUGGUGUGGUAUCAGAAAUUUGAGUAUGCCGUUGGUCACUGGCUCCAGAAAACAGCAGAGCACGUGUUUGGCUCAGUCCUCUGCAGCCCGGGCUGCUUCAGCUUGUUCAGAGGGUCGGCUCUGAUGGACGACAACGUGCUCAAGAGAUACACCACCACUGCAACCCAUGCAUCAGAAUAUGUCCAGUAUGAUCAAGGUGAGGACCGCUGGCUGUGCACCCUCCUCCUACAGCAGGGCUGGCGGGUGGAGUACAACGCCGCGUCGGACGCCUACACCAACUCCCCUCAGGAGUUCAAAGAGUUCUACAACCAGAGGCGCCGCUGGGGGCCGUCCACUCUGGCCAACACCCUGGACCUCCUGCACAGCGGCAAUGAGACGGUCAAAAGGAACGCCUCCAUCUCCAGGCUCUACAUCUUCUACCAAAUAUUCACCGUCGGAUCCUCCAUUCUUGGCCCUGCCUCCGUGUCUCUGAUGAUAGCUGGUGCUAUCCAGUUCGUGUUCGGAAUUGAAGGAACUCUGUCGAUCAUCAUAUCAGUAAUCCCACCAACUUUCUACAUGUUAAUUUGCUUUUGGGCAAAGCCAAACAUCCAGAUAACCAUUGCAGCCAUUAUGAGUGUGUUGUACGCCUUCCUGAUGUUAGCAUCAUUCUUCGCCAUCAUUGGUGACAUGGCUAAGCAGGGAACUUUCAUCACCCCAACUGGCCUGUUCCUGGUGUCCAUGUCUACCAUGUACCUGGUGACCGCCAUUCUUCAUCCCCAGGAGUUCAGCAUGAUCAUCUACGGUCUCAUGUACUUCAUCUGUAUCCCCAGUGGCUACCUCCUGCUUACAAUCUACUCCCUGGUCAACAUGCACAUUGUCACAUGGGGCACUCGAGAGACAAACAAGGAAAAAGAAGAGAAGAAGUCCCAGAACGUCCUCUGUGAUCGCAAUUGCCAGAUUUGCUGUUGGGAUAUGAAACUACAAGUCACCCAAGAGACGGACAACCUGAUGCUCCAGCAACUCCAGCAGGCUGUCAAUCCAAACGCGGAAGUCACUGAGCCAGUGGUUCAUGAACCGAUACCCAAUACCAAGGAACUCAAAAGCAAUAAACCAAAAAAGAAAAAGAACACACUUCCCGAGACUUCAGAUUGCAAAAGAGACACAAAAGACAGCGACUCCGAAUCUAAUACAAGCUUUGAAGAUAGUGAUCACAGCAUUCCAAAAAAGGAGAGUGCUUACUCAAGCAUUGAAGAUGACAAUGAUGAUGAUAAUCUACUUUAUGAGGGUUCACUUUAUAGCGGCUUUACUGAGGAAGAAAGAGAAGAAAUCCCUGAAAGUGACUGGGUCCAGCCUGUCAAGCAAGAGUUCCUGAAGAAAUUGACUUACGCGAACAUGAAAAGGAACCUUCAGGAGCAGAUACGCUACACCUUGAGGAACAAGAACCAGGAGGACGUGUGUGAGGAGCUGGUUAUGAUGCUAACGGACACAGUACAUGGAGAGCUGAAGGACAAAGUGGGUCCAGAGGAUGUGCUGGGCGACAGCCAGCUAGAAGAGCUGCAAUAUGCCCUUAACGAGGCCGCCAGGAGGAUCCUGAAAACCAACCGGAUGGAGAGACUGGAGAGGAGGGUCAAAAGGGCGAUCGAAAAGACCCUCAUUGCUCCACAGGUGGAGAAAAUGUCUGAGGAUGAACAGGACUUCUGGAAGAAACUUCUUGAGCGAUACCUAGCACCUAUUGUUGAUGACAAAGCCCAUAAAGAGGAGGUGACAAGGGAACUGAAAUCACUGCGGAACAAGGCAGUGUUUUUGUAUUUCAUUCUCAACGUUUUGUGGGUCGUGGCCACCUUCUUUUUACAAGCCAUUGGAAAUGAUGUGAUCAGCAUUAAGAUCGUGAAAUACUGGCCAAACGGCACAGCAUCAGGAGAUUACUUGAAGGUGGAACCCGUCAGUCUCAUGUUCCUCUUGUCAUUUGCUGUCCUUCUGAUCGUGCAGUUCCUGGCUAUGCUUUACCACAGAGUGUACACUCUCAUCCAUGUGGUGUCAUACAGAAGCACAGAAAAAGACUACAUUCCUAGAGAUGAGGAGGAUGAGGAUGGGUUGACUCUUGAGAACCAGAUUGCCAAUGGCCUUGUGAUCACCAGUGAUGACUUGUAAAACUAUCUUCCUGAAAGUUUCAUCAAAUCAAAGUCUGGCUUUGUGAAGUUCAUUGCAACUUCAUGCUAUUUAUGACAAACAGAAUUCAGAUCUGGCAGGAAAAUGGUUAUUAUACUGGGGCCGUCUAAUAUGAAAUGUUACUACUUGUAUUACAGUGGACAAAUUCUUCAGUUUUCAACUGAAAACAAAUGUAAUUUUAUCGAAUAACAGUAAGUCUUAGAUCUAUAAAUAUAAUUAUUGUAAUUCAGCCAUUUUGCAUGUAUUUAAUGGGGAAACGGACAGCACAUCGCAUGGAAGGAAAAAACAUUGGGCCAGUAACUGAAAGGUUGCUGGUCCAAUUACCUGAGCUGAAAUGGAAAAAGAAAUAUGUUUUGUCCUUGAGCAAUACACUUAAUCCUAACAGCUCCUGCACAUUUAUCUUUAUGAGUGGUAAUUCAAUUAACAAAAUGCCUAAAAUGUAAACAUACGUUAUUAUGAUCAGAAUCAUUAAACACAGCCAGAGAUCUUCACAUACUGUACAUACAGUAUUUCUAGAGCAAGAAUGGCCUCAAUUUUUUAAGGGAAAAGGACUUUUACUAAAUACACCGCUCCAAACCUACGCAUCCGAGGAAAAGACAUACAGGCUUCUUUUGUUGAAAAGACAGGUUUAGAGAUUUUCCACUGACGGACAAUGUAACACAUAUUGUGAACACGAAGACAUUUUACUAGUAUUUGUACCAAAAUAUUUAUGAUAUUAAAUGUGUGAUGACCGCC